UCCGACCUUCAACUUAAAUAAAGGGAACCAAAGUAUUUAUGCUUUGAGAAUGGGGUAGAAGAAUGAUUUCAUCAAGGGAAUAAUCGGACUAAAACAAUGCCAUAUCGUUAUCUAAUAUGCACCCCAGCAAAAACUUUCUCAAAUGAGCUUCUGAGAAAGUUGGUACCAUUGGGAUGUUGUCACACGUCACAAGCACGACCCUGUGGAAGUCGUACACAUAAACGUCACUACUACACCAGUCAUAAAUUAAACUCUAAACUUACCCAUAAGCCACGCUGGCACUUACCAAGUGAAAACAAACAAUUAAUUCAACAUUGUGAUAAUUACAAAACAAAUUUUAUCAUACGCCGUGUUCCCUAUAGAGACCUGCUUGGAAAUGAUGUGCCAUAUGUCCGCAAUUAUCACAUAUCUGCUUUACUAUUCAAAGACGAGAAUAAAAAAGAAAUAAAAAGUGUAAAUGAUCAGGGAGCAACUGAAAGCAAAGAUUCACCAAAGGAAUCUGGAGCAAAGGGAGAAAAGACACCUACAGGCGCCUCCUCAAAGGCGUCAGUGCAGAAGGAAAAUGCAAAGGAGGUGGGACCACCAGCUAAGAAGAGUUUGGGAACCAGAAUAAUGAAUGAAUUGAAACACUAUUAUCAUGGAUUCAAGUUAUUAUUUAAAGAAUUCAGAAUGUCCACAAGAUACAUGAUUGAUGUUGUUAUCUUUAGGAAAUCACUCAAGAGGAGGGAAUUCCAACAGGUGAUUCGUUCAACGUUUGACAUUUUCCGUAUUUUACCUAUGAUCAUUAUGAUAGUCAUUCCUUUUAUGGAGUUUGCCAUUCCUUUUGUUAUCAAAUUCUUCCCGGGCCUCCUUCCCAGUACAUUUCAACCCAAAAAGACAGAUGAUAUGAGAAUGAAGGUAUUAAAGGCAAAGAUUGAGAUGACAAAGAACAUGGUGGAAACCAUCAAGAAUCACCCUUUAAUUAGCAAGAAAACUGACACAGCUGAGGAUUUCGCUAAUUUUGUUGCUAAUGUUCGAAACAAAGGCAUUCAGCCAACUACAGAGGAGAUCAUGAAGUACUCAAAGUUCUUCGAGGACGAGUUGACCUUGGAGAAUUUGAAUCGACAACAGCUGCAGGCCAUGUGUCGAAUCCUUGACCUUCCACCCAUGGGAAUGGACAGCUUUCUCAGGUUUUCGCUCAGAAUGAAACUCAAAAGGCUCAAGUUAGAUGAUAAAAUGAUUCAACAGGAGGGAGUUGACAGCCUCACCAUCCCUGAACUGCAGGCAGCUAAUCGUGAGCGGGGGAUGCGGGCCCUUGGGGUGUCUGAAGCUCGCCUGAAGAGCCAGUUACAGCAGUGGUUGGACCUCCAUCUGGAAAAGAACAUUCCUUCUUCACUUCUUCUGUUUUCCAGGGCACUGUAUUUACCAGAGACGCUGUCAACUGAAGAACAACUGAAGGAGUCCAUCAUCAAUCUACCAGAGACCAUGACAUCUAAAGAGAAGAUUGCUGCAGCCCAGGCUCUGAAAGAGAAGGAGAAAGCAGAGAAAGAGAAGGCGGAGAAAGAAAGAAUUCCUGAGGUGGUUCCUGAGGUGGUUGCUGAGGUUCCAGAGGUUCCUCCUGUGCCUCCUGCCCCUGAGGAGGUGCCAAUUCCUGUGGAGGAACCGGCCACAGGGGUCAAAGGUCUGGCAGCCAAAUUACAAAGCAAGCUGGCGGACUUCAAACAGAGAGUGGAUGAAUAUGACAAAGAGGCUACGAAGAAACGUGUGCUAAAGAUCUGGAAGUUGAUUCGCGAGCUUGGUGAGGAAAAUAAGAGGGAGCACAAGAGGUUCUUUGAGGAAUAUAAGGAGUAUCUUAAGGAGGGAGAAAAGCCGGAGAAGGUGGUGGCUGAAUCAGGGAAAGGAGCAGAGGUUCCCACACCCACAGAGGAGGAACAGAAGGCCAUGGCGACAGCUGAGGCGAUAGCUGCAGAAUCCAUUAUGACGGCGGAAACACAAACAGAUCCGGCAUUGAUGAUGGAAGCCCAGCCUGGAGAGGAAUUGAAGGACCUGGAUGAAGAAAUCACCACAGAAGACCUGGAAGAUUUAGAAGACGCACUGAUUGAGGCAGCAAAGGAGAAAUCUGUGGAUCUUGAGAAGGAAGGAAGGGAGGAGGAGCUGGAGGAUUGUGAAGAGGAUGUAGAUGAAUUAAAAGCAGUUGUCCUCAAGGAAGGGGAUGUGGAUUCUAAGAAUGCCAGCAAACUCUGGAAGAUGGUCAAUCGUGCUGUGGACAAACUGGACAAACAAAUAGACGACUUCCACGACCAAAAGGACGAAAUUCAGGUGGAGAUUGACACUCGGGAAGUCCGACUUAAGAAAAGUCCUGAGUUACAAACAAAUCUAGAAAAGAGGGAGGAGAUUCUCUCAGAACUUAAAAAGAGAAAGAAAUCUGUGAUCAGUAUAAAUGAGAUGUUACUGGCUCUGAAGAGAAUUAAGAAGAUUCCGGAUGAUGUGAGGCUACAGAAAAUUCUACAGGUGCUGGACGAGGACAGAGAUGGAAGGAUUGAGCUUGUUCAUGCACUCAAGGUGAUAGAGUUACUUGGAAAGGACAAUGUGAAAUUGAACCCCUCACAAGUUUCAGAGGUGACGAGGCUCGUGAAAAAGGAGUUGCUUCAAGAGGAAAAGGAAACACUAAAAGACAAAGCAAAGACUCUAAAGACUGAAGAGUUCCAAACUAAGAAUGAUAACUCUAGCAAGGAAAAGGAUGAAGUUGACAAAAAGCAGGAGAAACAGUCAUGAAAGGAUUAAAGACUAUUUAUUAAAAAUUGUGUUCAAAUGUUCCAGGAUAAUUUGAUGAAGGAACAUAGUGGUUUUCAUGCAAACUGAUGUUGACUUAUUUUUUCCCCAAUAUAGGUUUAAAUGCUUUUAUUAUAGUUGGUGCAAAAGUCAAUGGAUUCACUGCAACAACAUUUAUGUGGAAUACAGCAGUGAUAUAAUUAAUUGUAUAACUGAAUGUCUUGUAGCACUCUUACUAACAUGCUUUGAUAAAGCAUGUGGCCAGGUAAGGGGAACCUGUUAUUGAAUGGAUGCUGUUUCUCCUAUUUUACAUUUGAUAUAAAGAUAUUUUACUAUUUAUGAAAUCAAAACUUCAUGUGAACAUGAUUUCUGCUAGUAGUUAAUACAGUAUAUUAUAUUUGUAAUACAUGAAAAUUGUUUUGUAUUUCCAUGAUAAGUCAUGUGCUUUGUUGAAGUAAUUGACAAUUGAAUGCUUGUCUCAGCUUUUUUUAAAGAAAAAAUUCUCAAUGAACGAAAAAAAAAAAUGAACUGUACUUUGUGUAGAGAUGUUAGAACUAUUCCUUAUUCCACAUUUUUGCUUUACUCCUGCAGCAUUUAAUUGUACAUGAGAAAAUAUUUUUAGAAUAGAAAUGAUUUUAACCAAAGUAAGACAAUUCAUGAGAUACACUGUUUGAUGGCAGUGAAAACAAAUGUAAACUUUCAAAACAUUUACGUAAUAUGAGAGGAUUAUAAACUUGUUCCUGUCUUUCAUUACUCAGUCAAUAAAAGAGUGCUAUGAAAAUAUUAA